AUGAAUUUAGGAAAGCAAAAUGUGAAAAUAAUAUAAUAAUGUUGUUGAAGAGUGUUGUAGACUUUCUAAUACCUCUACCAACCCCCACCCCUCUCGUUUCUCUACUAUUCCUCUCUUCCCUUCCCAUAACUUUCUUUUGUUCUAAAUAUUCGCACUACUCUUCCCUCGAUCUCUACUAUCCAUGGCGGCAACCCAGGGUUCCUCGUCUCCCCAUGUCGAUGCUGUACUCGAUGUCAUCCAAGCUCACCAGGAAAAAGCGACCAGGCUUCCACCUGUAGAGGAAGUAAGGACACUACUUCAUUACAGCUUACGAGGAAUCCUCUCCACUUUCUCUCAGAAGCACGAGGGGUAUCCAUCAGGCUCCAUGGUUGACUUUGCUUGUGAUGCUUAUGGAUCUCCAAUACUAGCUCUUAGUAAUUUAGCACUUCAUACAAAGGACCUUUUAGCCAACCCAAAAUGCUCUUUGCUUGUAGCAAAAGAUCCUGAUGACAGGACUGACCUAGUGAUUACAGUGCACGGUGAUGCCCUUCCUGUCGCUGAGAGCAAUAUGGAAGCUUCUCGUACUGCAUACAUGACUAGACAUCCUGAUGCAUUCUGGGUUGACUUUGGUGACUUCCAAUUUCUGCGCUUAGAACCUAAGGUUAUACGAUGUGUGUCUGGUGUUGCAACAGCUACAUUAAGAUCAGGAGAAUUCAGCAAUGAGGAGUUUAGAGCAGCAAAAGUGGAUCCUAUAUAUCAAUUUUCUAAGCCUAUAACGUCCCACAUGAAUAAGGAUCAUGCAGGAGAGACAAAGCUGAUUGUGCAGCACUCUACAUCUGUGCUGGUGGAAUUUGCGUACAUGCUGGACGUGGAUAGUCUUGGUUUCAAUGUGAAGGCUGGCUAUCAAGGAAAGACUUUCAAGCUUCGAAUUCCUUUUACAAGGCGUGCAACAGAGAGAAAGGACGUGAAGAUGCUGAUAAUAGAAAUGCUUCAAGUGGCCCAAAGCCAAGCCCAAGCAAGCUGAAAAUAGGUUUGGUUAUAUACAAGACGGAUACAGCUCUGAGUGUAUGAUUUUCAUGUAAAGAAAAGGUUGUAUGUGGGAAAUGGACCAUAAAUGUAAGUAUAGUGCCCAGUGUAGAGAUUUUAUUUCGUAUGUGUGGUUUGCAUUUUCAAACUUAUGAUCACUCUUUCUGAAUACUCUUUCCGUCAGUUUCUGCAUGUAGGGGUUAUUCUGGCAUUAAAUUGUUGAUUCUAUUGCGUUUCACAUAAAUUUUCCUGAUGUUACCAUUGUGGGCAAUGGACUUGUCUUUGCUCCAACCCGUCCAAGAUUUUCUAAAUAUAAUUUCUUCCCGUUGGCCUGCGGG